UUUAUAGAAUAUAUGGAAGAACAAGAAGAUUAAAAACAAUUUUAGAAAGUUCACACAUUAUAACUUAACAGGUAACAAACAUCAUAUCCAUUAUAUGGCUCUGCUGUGAGCAAUAGCAAGCUCAACCCCAGUUGUCUACAGGUGCUUUUUUCUUCACACUGAAACUGAAAUACAGUUUAACAACACAACCUUCAGUUUUAGUGCGGAUGUGUGAAACCUGCGAAUCCUAAUAUGGUAGUGAUAUACUGACGUAUGUUUGUCUCCAACUGCUCAACGUACCUGAUUUCGAGAUAGUCUUUUGAGACACUCGCAAUGCUAAGCACACACAGCCGUUCAUCCGUAAAGGCACUGUUCCUGCUGAGUAAAGUUGGGUGUGACCAGUGUAACUUAUACCCUCCCCAUUUGUCCGCGUUCACACAGUAGCAGUUUCCUCAUUUUUGAUGGCACUCCCUUUACUGACCUUGUGAUUGGUUUAUUUGCACAUAAAAGAUACUUAUCAGUGACGCUUUAGUUUACUGCAUGCGGAAACACUGUUCCACAUUGCCAUAGACAGACACUGCCCUGCCAGCUGCAGUGUUUAUUCUUUCCAGGAAACACUAUCUGUACUAGAAUAGUGCCAGCAGACAGAAUCCCAGGGAUAUCUACAUGUUUCAAGGGGCAGGUGUGGACAAGUUUCAGUGCCGAGGAGGUAUCUCAGAUUUAUUUUGAAGGAUCUGUCUGAGGACAUCUUUCAGGAUGGACAGCUUGUUCUUUGAGGACUUCUUGAAGGGUUGUGGAUAGCUUUCCUCAGGUUUUACACACAGGAAAUUCAGCAAGCAAAAUCACACACCAGCAGAUGGCCUCAUUUGACAACAUACAGGAAGUAUUACUAUUGCUCUGUAAUUUAUAGUAGUAGGCCUAACACUGUAUUAAGACAAUUUAGCCAAUAAUUAAGUAUUUUUUCUUUUAGUACAUUACAUUUGUCUUUUGUUUUGCUUUUCAAAAAUAAAUUAAUAUCAGUCUAAAAGUACUUGGUGAUAAUAUACAAAUUAAAGGAACUAAUAGACAUACGCAGACAACAAUACUCUUUUAACUGAACAAGAACACUAGAUUCUGGGUAGGGCUAACUUAAGGGGAGACUAAUGAAAAAGAAGCAUGAUUAAUUAUUAACAACAGGUGUGAGAUUCAACCUGAUCAGGUGACUUGAAUAAGGAAGCUGGCAAAGUAAAUAAAAACCUGUCUGGCUGCUCUAGUGCUUGGAGCACCUUUGACUAAAUGCAAGUGGUGGAGCUGUACGAGAGCAGCUGAGUGUCCAGUCCUCAACUGCCGGUGUAGCAAAAAUGAUAAAAAAACUCUUCAACAUCUUGGCCAUUUUUGCCCUGCUCAGCCUGGCAUAUUUUGCUGUGUCUCUGCUCUACGGGAAAAACAGCAAUUUUACUUUUUUUGCUCAGAAGUAUCACGUGAAAAAUAGAAAUGGCACUUAUUUCUGGAUGUCAAAAGAACUUGUGCAACGGCUUGAAAUGUGGGAAAUGCAGACUCAUGCCCCAAACGCCAGCCUAAAGAACACAGAGGUGCCAGCCCUUACUAACAAGACUUUAGAACUCUGCCCUGACACCCCUCCGCAGCUCGUGGGUCCUCUCUAUGUGGAUUUUAAAAAUAAACAGACUUUGGAUGAGGUGAGAGAAAAGGUCGGUUCAUCUCUUCAGAAAGGAGGAAGGUACAAGACGCCAGAUUGUAUCUCCCGACAGAAGGUGGCGAUAAUCAUCCCCUUCAGAAACCGGCAUGAGCACCUGAAGCACUGGCUUUUUUACCUCCAUCCUAUACUGAUGCGACAGCAGCUGGACUACGGCGUAUAUGUCAUCAACCAGGAUGGAGAGGGAGUGUUCAACCGGGCUAAACUGAUGAACACAGGCUAUUUUGAAGCACUGAAGGAAUAUGAUUACGAGUGCUUUGUCUUCUCUGACAUAGAUCUGGUUCCUAUGGAUGACCGUAACCUCUAUAGAUGUUUUGACAACCCCCGGCACUUGGCUGUAGCAAUGGACAAAUUUAACUUCCACUUACCCUAUAAGACCUACUUUGGUGGGGUCUCAUCACUGUCCAAGAGCCAAUUCUUGAAGAUAAAUGGCUUCCCGAACAGUUACUGGGGCUGGGGCGGUGAGGAUGAUGAUAUCUAUAAGCGAAUUGUCUUCCAUGGAAUGUCCAUUUCUCGACCUGACUCUGUGAUUGGAAAGUACAGGAUGAUCAAACAUGUGAGAGACUUGCACAAUGAGGCUAAUCCACACAAUCCGGACAAACUGAGAAAAACCCAUUCAACCAUGGACAAAGAUGGGAUUAAUUCCCUAAAAUACACAGUCAAGGAGAUUGUAAAGGAUGUACUGUAUACUUUCAUCAGUGUGGAUAUUCAGGCCCCGCCAAGCUGAAUGAGGAUGGAAGUCAGUAUAAACUUUAUGAAUAUGAAGUACAGAGAUUCUAUCUGUUUUUUUCUCAGUUACUGUGGCACGAUCCUUGAAUGACCAUCAAUGUUCACAAAAUAAAAUGUGAAAUUCACAUUUCUCAUUGCUUUUACACAAAAGUCAAAUGUACAGCUAUCUUUAAAUGAGCCAGCAAUGCACUGGGCUGCUCUUUGUGAUGGAUUCAGACACAAGAGGAGUAAAAAGUCUGCUCAUAAAUAAGAAUAUGUGGUGGAUGUCACAGCAGAGAUAUUUUGGGAAUUGUUGCAUCACUUGCGCAGAUUUUUGUGCAUUCUGUUUUGUGUUUUUCCUCCCUCCUUUCUCUCCUUACUCUCUCAGGUGUUCCUCAUUGGGGAGGGUUGGUUUGUGGCCCUACCCCCAUAUUUAGCUAACAGGUUCAUGUUGUCUAACGUAUGAGCUGUCAGGUAUGUGUGGUUUGGGGAUAUAGUUUUACGACUUUUGUGCACUAUGCCUUUGGGCUAUGUUAAUCAAGUUUGUGGCCAUGUGCUGUCUGUAGGUGGUGUAUUGGGAGCGUCCUAUAGGGUUAAAGUCUGUGUGUGUUACUUUGCCUAUAGCACUUUCACAAUAGGCCCUUGACAGUAUCUGUAACUUGUACUUGUUUCUUCUAUAACACUUUUUGAAAAAUUAACACUUUGUUGGCAGCGUUAUGUGACGGUGCCAUUGUUGGGAGAUGCUUUGUUGGUACCUGGUCCUGGAUUGUUUGGCUGGUUUGCCACAGUGGGAUUUCAUUUUGAGGCAUUUGUUAGUCGCACCAUUGACAAUGAUGACAAGUUAGAUGGGCGUACGAAAGAAAAACUUCUGUGUGAAAAUAUUUAGCAUUCCGAUCAGCCCGCAAGGCCAGUAACAGGUCUUGAAUUAUAUUAUCUUGCCAGGAUUGUUGUGCAAUACUGGUUUAGUGACAAAAGUUCCAGUGACUGUUCAAGUGUCUGGCAGUGUCAUUGUUUCCAGUGGUGCAGAAAGGAAUCCUACGAGGAUCAGUGUGUUUUUAAGGAACUGGGACACAUUAUUGCAAAUUGUAAUGCUUUGCAUAGUGUAGCAGAUGCAUUAUCACACUUGUAAUUUUACAAUGUUUGUGACUUAUUUUUGUGUGGGGAAUAUAAUUGCUAACUUAAGGUGAGGGUGUUGUGUGCUACCUGCCUCCUUGUGUUUUUCCUCCCUCCUUUUUCUCCGUGCACUCUGUAAGUGCUCCUCAUUCAGCAUGAUUGGUGGCCCUGCCUACAGAUCUAAGGGAGGCUGGAGAAGCAGGAUCCUAUCACAUAUGAUCUUUUGCUCAUUAUUUUUGUGUUCUGUUAUUUGAGGAUGAAGUUUAUAUAUAUUUUGUUUUUUUUUGUUUUUUGUUUUUUCAUGGGUCAGCCACACAUUGGACAUUAGCCUUCCUCCAUCUAUUUGUUUUCCAGACUCCCAUAAUUAAUAGCACUAUUUGUAAAAUAAUUUUGCUUUAAAAAAAUAAUGAUCAGGUUACAUUGUCCAUACGCUGACUGUAACAAUUGUAAGGUCGAAUAUCACACAUGAAGGAGAUGACUUGGAGUCAUCAAAGAGGAGUGUUAGAUGGCCAAUGAGCUGGUGAAGGGGUUUUAUAUUUUGUUUCUCAUUUAUACAACAGUUUCUCAUUUUCUUUAAGGUACAAUGCAAUAACCUUUCUGUUACAGACAUUACUUCUAAUGUACUCCAUUACCGCUCACUGUGAAUACGGAAGAUACUGGAAAGGUGUACACAAACUGUGAGAAACCUCUGAAUAGUCUUACAGUUGAAACCUGUUUUGCAUAAAAUGUUUUGAUGGAUACUAUUACAUUGGCUAGGGGGUAUUUAACACGAUUCCUCAGACUUUUGAAUGUCUGGGGUAAGAAUAAAGAAUGAGAAAUGAACUUUGGUUGCAGUGAUACACUGCUUGGCGUGUCUUUUUCUCUCUGACAGAUGUGCUUAAACAAUUGCAAAGAACUGGAAUGAAAUGUAUGAUCAAGCUCUGAGCUUCUGGGUGAAUAAAACAAAAUUAAACCACUAGUAGAUUGUGGUAACUAAAAGUACAUUUGCUCAGUGAAAUUGAUGUUGUAAACUAUUUUUAAAUGCAUCAAAGUUACUCUUAAUGAGAGAUUAAAGAUUUAGAUUGUU